GGAAGCACAAAGUAGAACUUGUCAGCACUGAAGUGUUGAAUAUGGCUCCGUUCAAACUUCUUAUAUUCACUUUGACUUUUUAUGAACUCACUGUUGAUUUGGAUGCUUUAACGUGCCCAAAAGGUCACAGAGUAAAUCUUGACAGAUCUGGUUGUGAAAUCUGUCCUGAUGGAUAUUACCAGACUAAAGACAACGACUCCCAAAGGUGCAGACCAUGUACACAGUGUGAAAUAAAUCGGGGGAGUGCUGUUGAACAGAAGUGCACGAAAGAGAUGGACACAAAAUGUAAGUGCCGUGGAGAUUUUGUUCCCUGGGAGAGCGAUUGUUCCACUUGCAAAUGUGGCAUUGGAUUUGGACUAACAAAUGGAGAAUGUUCAAAAUGCGCAGAUGGCUAUUUCAGCAUACAAAUCAACUCGCCCUGUCAAAAAUGGAAAGAAUGUAAAUCAGGAGUUAACAUUACUGGAACCAGGACCUCAGAUGUGAUCUGUAAUGAGCUGAAGAGUCACCCCGAUAUCACUACACCCUACAUCACACUCUUAACAUCCCACCAACCACACGAGGAGACCCAAAGUCAGAAAAUACAUACUACCGCCACCACAGCUCCUCAAAGACACACAGUCACCACAGAGCAAGAAGGAAAAAUUGAGCGUCCCUCCUCUUCAAGCACAGGCAACAACAUUGGUAUGGUCCUCCUCAUGUUUGGAAUUGUUGGACUGCUUGUUCUGACUGCUGUGACCUGCAAGCUGCACAUCAGACCUUGUGUGCAGAGAAAACCAGCAGUGCAAAGUAUGUGCAAAGGACUCCUUGUGCCGGAGGCCAGUCGAGGAGAGCGGCGAUGGCAGUCUGUCCUCUCUCAAACUGAAUCCAGGGGAACCCUGAGGUGAAACUUUCCUUGACAUGAAUCUGUCAUCUAAUACUGUGAAUUUUUAGACCACAUAAUCAUCACAUGAAUGAUUUCACUCACCCUUUCCUUAUAUUAUUAGUUUUACGUUAGAAAUACAUGAGAAAAACUAUUUACUAUAUCUAUAUUGUAUUAGCUGUAUUCACAUUCUGAAGUAUGGUCAAUAUUUGACUUUUGUUUGUUCUGUUGUAAAAGAAUAUCAGGUGAACUAUAUGAAAGAUUUAUAUGUAUCGUGUAAAUCAAUUUAAAGUGAAAUAGUAAAACAUAGAUUUUACUACUUAAGCUGUUAUGCCUUCUUUAGUAAGACAAUUUCACUCAUAAUACUUCACUUAUACUUCGAUAUUUAUUACAAAUUUGGAUAGAGAUUUUUGUAUAAUGAGAUCAUGCUACUAAAUGCCUUAUACAAUUUUUUCAAAUGAGCCUUGUUACAUAUAUACAUAUUUUUGCAGCUUUUUUUUAAGCCUUAUGACUUGAUAUAAUGUGAUAUGGUUUAAUGGGGCAAGUUACAAGUUUCUGUGAAAUAUACAGUGUGAAAGAUGUUACAGUAAAGGUUGUAACAAUCAAUAUCACUGAUUCAAACUGCUAUGAACUGCUGAAGAGCCUUAGAAAAACAUUUAGUUUUUUUCAUGCAGUCUUUCUGUUCCUAUUUUUUUUUUAUCGUGUUUUGUUUUUCAGCUUUAUUCCACUGGUUGCUGGUCUGUAAUAGGCUUUCACUGGUAUGUGGGGUUGGGGAAGAUCCCCUUGUGGACUUAAAUGUGCUCCUUUUUCCCACUGAGAAAUACUUCCUCUCAUGUCUUCACUUCAACCGUUGGAAAGAUUGAUAUUGUAAAUGUGAGGACUUUCAUGUUGUUUAUAUCUAACUGGAGACUUUCCCCAGAUCAGUACAGUCAGAGGAGUUAUGAAAGCAUGCCCUCAUUAUAUUUAUUCAUUUAUGUUUUGCUAAGAAAUCAGAUACUCAAGCCUUAAAAUCACAAGUGGCUUGGCACGAAUGUGGCCUGCUCUAUUUGACUGGUAGGAUGUUCUUGGAAAAAGCUGCAGUUUGGUUCCAACUCAUUUAUCCUUUAACAGCUGUUUUCUUAAAAUUAUUCAAGGAAAAGAAAUGAACUUGUAUUUCUUAUUUAAAAAAAGAUUUAGAUGAAGUAUUCAGAUCCUUCACUUAAGUAAAAGUACCAAUACAACAAUGUAAAAAUAACAUGUAUUCCUGCAUUUGUAAUCCUGCUUAUGUAAAAGUACAGUAGUUAAAGUAUAAGUUGAAGUGUUGGUAGUAAAAUGUUCUGAAAGUAACAAAAGCCAAAAUAUUUAUUCUGCAAAAGAAUGGUUGAUAUAUUAUCAUAUAUAUAUUAUUAUUACUGUUAAUGCUGAUGCGUCAGUGUAAUGUAAGCAGCAUUUUACUGUUGUA